CAGAGUCCAUGGAGCUGGGUCCCCGACAAGGUACAACCACUUUGACAAAGAUCCCCCCGAACAACAAAGAGGGCCAGCAGGAUAUGGACUCCCGGGGGGCUGCCCAUAGCUCCUUGGACAGCUCCAAAUCUAAGCAGCAUCCAGGGCCCUCGCAGAACCCUGAAGGCCAGAGCCACCUGGAGAUCCCACCUCCACCACCAGCUACUACCAGCAGGACUUCUCUGGUCAUGACCCCCCAGCCUGAGGACCUGAAGAAGCGGGCAUCCAGAUCCAGCUUGAGAGAGGGAGUUCUGGGGGAGGAAGGCCGGGACUCCAGGGCCGCAGAGCAGAGGGAAGUGCCUGUGAGCUCAAAGGACAGCGUCAUUCCCGAAAACAUCCGCCACAAGUUUGGGAGCGAUGUGGUGGAUCGUCUGAUCUCCGAGGAACAGGCUCGAAGGGCCGUCGGUGAAAUCUUUGAGGGCCAGAAGAGGUCCAGCUCAUGGCCCAGCAGGACCCAGACCCCCAUGCAGAUCUCCUCCAUCUUCUCAGACUACUAUGACCUGGGCUACCACAUGAGGUCCAACUUGUUUCAAGGCCCACCCCAGGAGACAAAGAGCCUCAUGAAGGCUUCCUACACGCCGGAGGUGAUUGAGAAGUCAGUAAGGGAUGUAGAACACUGGCAUGGCAGGAAGACAGACGAGCUGGGCCGGUGGCACCGGAAAAAUGCUAUGAACAUGAACUUGCAGAAAGCGCUGGAAGAGAAAUUCGGACCAAAGAGCAAAUCCAAGGGCAAGUAGUUGAGAGGAGGUUGGAAGGAAGCUCGAGGAGGGUGCUGCCAAUAAAGAGAUAAAGGCUCUGGUCUGA